UGUCUCCAGGGCUUAAUGGUUUCAUGAAGAUUGAGGUGGUAGUGUACGAAGUACGUACCCUUAGUUUAGAGAAAGGUAGUGCAGUUGUAAGAGAAACGCUGGUGCUCUGAGUUUUUUCGUCGAGCACUAGUUUACAUUUUAGUUAAAGACAUUUAACAUCGUUUGUUACCGACCACCGGAACCGACGGCUGUUUCGACACAUUCACAUUAAAGAGAGGAGCUAACAUAAUCUGCACAUUCCUGAAGUUGACUGAUUGUCGAGGUGGCGGAGAUGUUUCAGAUAAAGAGCAUCUGUUGUAUUGGUGCUGGGUAUGUAGGAGGCCCAACGUGUAGUGUGAUCGCCAACAUGUGUCCAGAGAUCACAGUGACCGUCGUGGAUGUCAAUGAGUCCCGCAUCAAAGCCUGGAACUCGGACACUCUGCCCAUAUAUGAGCCGGGUCUGAAAGAGGUGGUUGAAUCAUGCAGAGGGAGAAAUUUGUUUUUUUCUACAGACAUAGACUCAGCCAUCAGGGACGCAGACCUCGUCUUCAUCUCUGUGAACACCCCAACUAAGACCUAUGGGAUGGGGAAGGGUCGUGCGGCUGACCUUAAGUUCAUCGAGGCGUGUGCCCGACGGAUUGUGGAGGUAUCAGAUGGUUACAAGAUUGUCACAGAGAAGAGCACCGUCCCGGUUCGAGCUGCUGAGAGCAUUAGGCGAAUAUUUGAUGCCAACACCAAGCCCAGCCUCAACCUACAAGUGCUGUCCAACCCAGAGUUCCUCGCAGAAGGAACAGCCGUGCGGGAUCUGAAGGAGCCAGACCGCGUCCUGAUUGGUGGAGACGAAACAGCCGAAGGUCAAAGGGCGAUCAGAGCACUGUGUGCCGUCUAUGAACACUGGGUCCCCAAAGCACGCAUCAUCACCACCAACACAUGGUCGUCCGAGCUGUCCAAACUGGCAGCCAAUGCAUUCCUGGCCCAGCGGAUCAGCAGCAUCAACAGUAUCAGCGCUCUCUGCGAGGCCACCGGGGCCGAUGUGGAAGAGGUUGCCAAGGCGAUUGGUAUGGACCAGAGAAUAGGCAGCAAGUUUCUCAAAGCCAGCGUGGGUUUUGGUGGAAGCUGUUUCCAGAAGGACGUGCUGAAUUUGGUGUACCUGUGCGAGGCCCUCAACCUGCCCGAAGUCGCCUCCUACUGGCAGCAGGUGAUCGACAUGAACGAGUACCAAAGGCGGCGGUUUGCCUGCAGGAUUAUUGAUAGCCUCUUCAACACAGUUACUGGUAAAAAGCUUGCUCUGCUGGGCUUCUCCUUCAAAAAAGACACAGGUGACACAAGGGAGUCUUCCAGUAUCUACAUCUCUAAGUAUCUGAUGGAUGAGGGAGCCAAACUGUUCAUCUAUGACCCCAAAGUUCUCAAGGAACAAAUAAUUCACGACCUCUCCCAGCCCAACAUCUCAGAGGACAACCCAGAGAGAGUGUCGGAGCUGGUGACUGUGACCUCAGACCCUUACGAGGCCUGCAAGAGUGCACACGCAUUGGUCAUCUGCACUGAGUGGGACAUGUUUAAGGAGCUGGACUAUGAAAAGAUUUACAAGAAGAUGCUGAAGCCGGCCUUUAUAUUUGAUGGUCGCAGAGUGCUGGACCACCUCCACCCUCACCUCCAGAACAUUGGCUUCCAAAUCGAGACCAUCGGUAAGAAAGUGACCACAACACGAAUUCCCUACACUCCAGCAGCUGCUUGCCCUCGCAUCGCUGCCAGUGAACCUCCCACCAAGAAAGCAAAAGUCUAAAAGUCAUUUCAGCUCCACAUACACAACAUGCAACACAUUCCUCCCUUAACCUUUUUAUUGCUGGUACACGCCUAAUUAUUGAAAAAAAAGGUGUGUGGGACUAACUGCUCCCCUGCAGUUGGUCUAAAAGGAAGAAGUUGAGCCUUCAGUCCAUUAUAGUGCAAAUGUGUUUCAUGGCUGUGUUGGAAUCGUUAGAAGAUGUUUAGUAAUAAACCAUCAAUAAACUGUUCAUUUU